AUAUACCGACUGGUAAUGAUAAUUUUAAUCAUUAGUUAUCGUUAAACCGAUGUGAUGUGACCAUUAAAGCUUCCAUUUAAAACCAUGACCCAUCUCAUGACGUAUUUUAGAAAUUUACUCGUAUGUAUUGUAUGGACAGCAAAAAUAAAUCAAUGUGACUCAAUACUCGACCAGAAUUUCACAUCUUUAAAGUUCGCCAAUUCGCUAUCGUUCCCAUCUCCUUAUUCGAUAACCAGAAUAGAAAAAUCACUCACACCACAAAGAUGCAAUAUUACAGACGAUUUCUCAAACUUGGUCCAUAAAUCGCUACGUCGACAAGAUAAUUUCAACUUGAGCUGUUUGCAAGAGUUGAUGGUUCGAGGGUAUGAAAUUUUAUGUUUAUGGACGCAACAUGUUAAAGAAAAAUUCAGAAUCCGAUCACAGUUGAAAAACACCAAUCAUCAGCAGAUGAGUUCAUUGGAUGCGAUUCCAUUCGUAUCCAAAGAUGGACAAUUGAGUUAUCUUCACAACAUCACGAUUUGUAAUUUUCCAAGUCAGAAUGAGAAAAUCGUCGCAAGUGCGCUGAAUGGACAAUGUACGUUCAAAACCACGUAUCAAGCCAAAUCAAACGAGACAACAAUUCGAGGUGAGAUUUCAACAAAUGGAACCAACAGCAACUUCAUCUUGGUGUAUCAAAACGCAUCCAUCACGUUGAACGAUAUCAAAACACGUACAAAUACAAAGGCAGGCGAUAUUCUCAGCACAAGAGUCAGAACAGAAUACACUUUCGACAACUUCACCGCCUACACCAAUCUCUCGCAGAACGUCAACUUCUUCCUCGAUUCCAUAACACCCUGUUUACUCCAAGAAAUCAUCUCCAAAGACUCCAGUCAUCGAUUAGCUCACGCUAAAGCAAUUCAAGACGUCAAAAUCGCCGAUUCUUACAAACAGGAUGUUCUCCGUCUCAUGUCCAGCGUGGUUGUCCAUUAUCUGCGAACUCGAUACAAGAGACCAUUUCGAUUACCCAAUGAUCACAUUCGUCGUUUAGGUGAUUCCAUCGAGUACGUACAAAUUGAAGGAUUGAAUCGUUGCAAAGUGUGUGGUUCGAAUAUGCAGCUUGUUCAACGAGCAGAUAAUCUCUCCAUGAGGUUGAUAUUCUCCAUUAAUUUUUCCGAAGAUGAGAAAAAUCCUACCACACUGACCAUUCGAGAGACUGGAUCGAUUCCAUCAAAUCGAACCAUCGUUGUGAAGAAAUUAUCCGUUCGAUUGGAUUUUACAUCGUUGAUGAGACUCGAGACGUCGGACAAGUUGCAUUUCCAUUUGACCGAUGUUGAAGCCGAAGUCGUUGAGAAAUAUCCUGUCAUUUGGUACGAGCCAUUCAAGUCCAAAUUGAACGUUCUUCUCAGCGAAAUCCUGGCUGAGAUUGUACUAUCGUGGAUUUUAUACGAAACUAAUUGAAAAAAUGAUCAAUUUUUUUGAUUAUUUUCAAAUUUCUUGAUAUUUGUUGGAAAAGCUCAUGAACAGAACAUCCAAAUCAUCGAAAAACUUCAGGCCAGCUCGUUCCAAACACAUCGCAUCAUUUCGAAAUGCAAAUAUUUUCGAAAAUGAAAAUACAUGUACCAUUAUUUCAAAAUACCACCAGAUCAAUGAACUCUAAACAUAAGACAGAAAAACACGAAUUGCCCAACACAAUGGACCAGAUGGCAGAAAAUUACACAACUUCAUCGCUGCCCAAGCUCGCCAAGAAAUAUAUCAAUUUCGUCACCAUCUUUUUCUCUUUUCUCUCUCCGCAAACAAGAGAAAAUGUUUUGAAAUUUUUAAAACAAUAAGAAAAUAAUGUCUUUAUCGUCACAUAUUAUGCGAUUUUUUCCUCGAGUACGAGUCAUUCAAUGAAUUCGCGUUGAUUAGUAAACAAGUGUUUGUAUGGAGUAAUUCGAACAGCUUGAAUGGCAAUAUUCGAAAUAAAAAUGUGUUGAACGUUAUUUUCAAUUAAAAUACUACACAAUAGAUCUUUUCAAUUUUCGGUAGAAAUAAUUUUGAAAACCAGGUCCACUUGUAUCGCUUAUUAGUUGAAAUUCAAUCGUUGUGAAAUGUGCGUUCUGAAGUUGGUGUACGUUUUCGGAGUUUUUUUCGCUGGAUACGCAAACGGAGCUGACAAUGUACUCAAACAGUCGUUACAAGAAAAACUAUCUUGUUUCAUGGUAAACACAGCAGCCAAAAUACACAGAUCGAAUACUGAGAACAAAAUGUACGCCAAGAAUAUCAUUUUUUCACCCAUUGAUUUAUACGCGAGCACCGCGAUCGUAUAUUGGGGCACCACUGAUGAUCGUAUGAGGCAACAACUCGACACCGUAUUAGGCUUUCAGACACUGGAAAAAUUCCUAGAGCAGCAUCCCGAAGCAGCGCAAUACAUUACUUUACCCCCCAUAUUUCAUCAGAAAAAUUCGCGUAAAAAAUUGGCGCUAUUGAAAGGCGAACCCAGCUUGUAUCACAACGAUGAUUAUGAAAAUUACUUAUACAUUAUAAAUAUACAAUUGGGUAACCUUUUUCGAGCCACCGUGGAUAAGGAACAUUCGGCAAUUCGUUCGGCGAAGUGGAUCUUUGUAGAUAAUAAAUUCGCUGUAAACCAAAGUUUCGUCAAAAACGUCAAAAACUACUAUGGAAUUGAUGUGAAAAGUACAUAUUUCGAAACGAAUCCGAAGCUGGCUAUCGACACAAUCAACCAAAUUGUCAAAAAUCUAACUUACGACAGGAUACCGAAUUUUAUCGAAAAACCGCUCGAGAAAAAUACAGUCUCUGUUAUGAGUAGUUCUCUUACUUUGGUCACCAAUUGGGAAAGAAUGUUUCAACCUGACGACAGUUACGAAACCGCAUUCCACACCAGAGACGGAGAAUGCGACGGCUGCGACCUCGUCGACAUCUGCGUCAUGUUGAACCAAGGCAACAUCCCUUAUUACGCUGAUCCAAUAGUUACAGCCAUAGCUCUACCCACAGCCACUCCUGAAAUCCGCAUGUAUUACGUACUGCCACGAGACAACCAAACUCUAGCUGAUAUACUCGAACACCCGAAUAAGAAUUUAUUCAAAAAAAUCAUCGACGGAGUCGAAAUCACCCGAAUCAUUUACUCGGUUCCCAAGAUGAAUUUCGCAGGCGAGGUAGACCAAUUGGAUAUCUUACGAAUGCACGGAUUGGACAAAAUCACAUUGGAUUGCAUUGCUCAAGGUUUGACUCUAUCGGUUUUUAAACAAAAAGUAUUACUCGAACUGAACGAGGAAGGUAUAGGAGGAUGUCCGCUUAUGAAGUCGAAGAAAAUGCCCCUGGUGCAUCAGAAAUUGGAUACCAAGGCGAUAGAAUUUACAGUCGAUAAACCCUUUUUAUGUUUUAUUUAUGACACUAAGACUAAAAUGUUUCUGUUUUAUGGAGCUGUUUUCGAACCGACUGGAUACACGGAUUUCUGAAUAACGACUCCAUAAGCAUUAGUAGAGGUAAAUAAGGUCACAAGAGCUGCGAUUAUUAGAUUAAAAAUUUUCUGCAUACCUGAAUUAUUUUUAGUUGAUUUAUUUAUGCAAAAAAUAUGCGUACAAUUUAAAUUACAUGUUUUAUAAAAUAAAUAAUAUAUUUAUUAAUGUUUUA